AUGGAUCCCAGGCGUGUUUAUGUCUCAGGGUUCCCCAGCUAUACACAGUCCCAGGACCUUAUGCAAGCUUUUAGUGAAUAUGGCACAGUCAAAGUAGAAAAAAUCAAUAAGAAAUAUGCCGUAGUUUUGUUUCCCGAUGAAGAGAGUGUCAAGGAAGUCAUUAAUGAAUCAGGAAAAAUUGUGAAUUAUGGAGAGUUUCUCGACAUCAAACCUUACAACAAGAAACUUGAUACAACAGCACCGAAAAGAGAAUUCACAAGAAGUAAACAGAAAGAGUCAAUAAUCGCUCCCCAGAUGUUGGAUCUGUCGGGUGACUUCUACCAGCAGCUGGACACGGUACUGUCAGCGGUCCGUCUCACGCAGCAGGAGGUAUGCGCCAUCAGCACGCUCUACAGUGACCUGCAAGACGCGCUGCGGACACAGUGGCCUGGCUGCGUGGCCACACCGUUCGGGUCCAUCACCACGGGGCUGGGCAUCAAGAGCAGUGACGCGGACUGCUUCGUGUCUCUGGGGACGGAGCGCAUCACGGACGCCGUGGGUCGAGCCAAGCGCGCUCUUCUUCGUGAGCCGCGCGUGUUCGCGGAGGUGCUGGCCAUCCCUCAGGCCCACACGCCUAUCGUGAAGUUCUUCCACGUACCGACGGGCACCAACUGCGACGUGACGUUCAAGACGCCGCUCGGCGUUCACAACAGUAGACUCGUGUCCUUCAUGUUGCACGCCGACCCUCGCCUCGUGCCCAUGGCGGUGCUGGUCAAGUACUGGGCGAAGGUGCACGGCUUCUCCGGCAGCGGGCGCCUCACCAACUACGCGCUGACGGUGCUGCUGCUGUUCUACCUGCAGCAGCCACCCGUGUCCGUGCUGCCGCCCGUGCGCUCGCUGCAGGAGGGGCACGAACACGUUGUGGACGGAUGGAACGUGGCCUUCGACGACCGCCUGGAGGCCCUGCCCGGCUCCACCAACACGUCCUCCAUCCCGGAGCUGCUCGGCGGCUUCUUCCAGUAUUACUCCACGUUCGACUUCUGUAAGCUCGUCGUCUGCCCGUACUUGGGUCGGCCGAUACCCAAGGAAGCGUUCAGGAGGCCGUCGACCUUGCCGCCCGAGAUGAGUCUGUACAGACGCAACGUGGAGAGUGGCGCGGCGGGGGCCAUGAGGUUCGCCACCUCCAUGUGUGUCCAAGACCCCUUCGAGCUGUGUCACAACGUGGCCUCGUGCGUGAGCAGCCGACUGUUCGAGGAGGUCCAGGCUCACUUUAAGUUCGCGGCUCUCGCUUACGACACAGACAAACUGAAAGAUUGUCGACAGUUCCUCAGAACGAUCCUCCUGCGAAAACCGAAAAUACCGCGCUACAAAGCGAAAACGGAAUUCAAAGCUUCGAUAUCGUCCUACGUCAUACAAAAAAUAGAGAGUCAGGAUCGGCGAAGAAUCGUCAACUACGAGAUGCUCAGGAUGUUUAAAGAAAUGUGCAAGAUAGAACUGAGCGAGCUGGAAGCUGACGAGAAAGGACCGACCAAGAAACGGAAAGACAAAUACAUGGGCACCGUCACCCGGCCUAUAUGGAGGAGGAAACAAUAUAUGAAGACACACAGCGGCGAGGAACUGGGGCUCGUGGAGAGGCAGGCGAGGAUCACGGAGGAGCUCAUGAACAAGGAGAAGGAAAACAUCAGUUUGAAGUUCUGUCUCAUCCUCGCCUUCACUUCGGAAACUCACGCGAACGCCAUCGUCAAACUAAAAGAAGGGGACGCGGCCGUGUUUAAAGAGUUCGGGACGUUUUUCCUACAUAUUAUGCAACAGUGGUUCGGCAACUUACUGAAACCUCAUCUGAAGCCGACGGAAAACAAGAAAUUAAAGGAAGUUAAAGAGGGCAAGGAGAACAGAGAGACGGAAUUGGACGUGACCUUGGACGGAGAGAGACGGGACGGAGAUGAUCACGAGAACAGCCUCAACGACACGUGUGACACACAUGACGACGCGAGUGACACGCAUGAUGUCACGAGUGACACGCAUGAUGUCACGUGUGACACAGAAGAUGUCGAGACCAAAGUGCCAUUAACAUAA